AUGCUUGACAUUAGAGUUGGGGGCACUCGUGUGCUGGAAGAGGUGGCUGAGGCAGAGGUAUCUGUGGACAGUCCCCCUCGGAGGAGGGAGGACAAUCACAGCGAUGUGCUGCUGGGCAAUGAGGAUGGGACCCAGGAGUCUCAGAUUGGAGCUCCAUUUAUGACUCAGCUAAGAAACAAAGCUGCUCUGAUUAGUGGGUUUGCUCUGUGCUGCUUCAUUAUAUUCGUGGUCCUGAUUGUUAAAGAUGUUUUUAAGAAUCUAGUGGAAGACCGGAUCAAAGAGCACACAAAGCUGAAGUUGAACAGCGAGACAUAUAAGAACUGGAAGGACCCCCCUGUCCCUGCUUACCUGCAAUUCUACUUCUUCAAUGUGGAAAACCAAUUGCAAAUAUUACAGGGUGAGCGAGCCAUCGUGAAACAACUUGGGCCGUACACAUACAAGCAGCCCAGGCACAGAGGUAAAGUGUCAUUAUUUAAAAAUGGCACAAUUUCAGCUACUACUUACACAAGCUUCAUAUUUGAACCAGCAAUGUCAGUAGGUGACCCAAGAAAUGACCUUGUAACAACAAUCAACAUUCCACUUGUUACUAUGCUGCAAAUGCUAAAACACAGUGGGAUGGUCAACAAAGUCAUUCUGUCAAUGUUACUUACCUUGAAGAGAAACACGCUCUUUCAGACCCACACUGUGGAUGAGUGGCUGUGGGGUUACGAGGAUCCCAUACUGAAACUUGGUCACAAACUGUUGCCGAGCAUGUUCCCGGGUAGCCGUUUCGGACUUUUCCAUGAUAAGAAUGGAACAAAUAAUGGAAAAUAUUUACUCAACGCAGGCAAAAAUGACUACAUGAAAUUCACCGAAAUAAUAACGUGGAAUGGCCAAAAGUCUGUAAACUGGUGGCCAUCAAAGUUUUGCAACAUGAUCAAUGGAACUGAUGGAACAAGCUUCCACCCUUUAAUAAAAAAGAAUGAAAAGCUUUACAUUUUCGCAUCUGAUAUUUGCAGGUCAUUCUAUCUGUUGUUUGAAAAGGAGCUGGAAGUGCAAGGAAUCAGCGCAUAUCGAUUUCUCCUUCCAAAAGAGGCUUUUGAAAAUGACCAUCCGAGUAAUCAAGGAUGUUGUCCAGGGGGAAUCUGCCCUAUGUCAGGGGUUCUAAACAUCAGCAUCUGCAGACAAGGAGCCCCUAUUUUCAUAUCGUUUCCUCAUUUUUACAAUGGGGAUCAGAGGUUAGUGAGUGCCAUAGGUGGAAUGAAACCUGAUAUGGAAACUCAUCAAACGUUCCUUGACAUAGAGCCAAUGACCGGUCUACCUGUCAGAGCAGCCAAGAGGAUGCAGGUCAAUAUUCAUGUAGAGGCGAUAAAGUACAUUGUGUAA